UGGUCUCAAUGCUUCCGGGUUGGUGUUGCGGUGGUGUUUCCGACUGUGGGAUCCUCAGUUUCCCAGUCAUCCGAUGAGCUCGAGCAGCUGAGCCCCUUCCCUGUCUUUCACUCUCCUGGCAUCGGUGGUUUUACUUCUUCGAUUGAACCCAGCUUCUCGACCCCCCUGGGAGGCCGCCUUCUUCAGGCGCCUCCCUUGUCUCUACGCACUCGCUCUGACAGCUGUGGAACUGGCAAGAUCCGGCUACCCAGAGGGUGAAUGGGUAUCUUUCCUGGAAUAAUCCUAAUUUUUCUAAGGGUGAAGUUUGCAACGGCGGCUGUGAUUGUAAGCGGACACCAGAAAAGUACCACUGUAAGCCAUGAGAUGUCUGGUCUGAAUUGGAAACCCUUUGUAUAUGGCGGCCUUGCCUCUAUCGUUGCUGAGUUUGGAACUUUUCCCGUGGACCUUACUAAGACAAGACUUCAAGUGCAAGGCCAAAGCAUCGAUGUCCGUUUCAAAGAGAUAAAAUAUAGAGGGAUGUUUCAUGCCUUAUUCCGAAUUUAUAAAGAAGAAGGUGUGUUGGCUCUGUAUUCAGGAAUUGCCCCUGCUUUACUAAGACAGGCAUCAUAUGGCACCAUUAAAAUUGGCAUUUACCAGAGCUUGAAACGAUUAUUUGUAGAGCGUUUGGAAGAUGAAACUCUUCUAAUUAAUAUGAUCUGCGGGGUGGUGUCAGGAGUGAUAUCUUCUACUAUAGCUAACCCCACUGAUGUUCUAAAGAUUCGAAUGCAGGCUCAAGGAAGCUUGUUUCAAGGGAGCAUGAUUGGCAGCUUCAUCGAUAUCUACCAGCAAGAAGGCACCAGAGGUCUGUGGAGGGGUGUGGUCCCAACUGCCCAGCGUGCUGCCAUCGUUGUGGGAGUAGAACUCCCAGUCUAUGAUAUUACCAAAAAGCACUUAAUAUUGUCAGGGAUGAUGGGAGACACAAUUUUAACGCACUUUGUUUCUAGCUUUACAUGUGGCUUGGCUGGAGCUUUGGCCUCCAAUCCAGUUGAUGUGGUGAGAACUCGUAUGAUGAACCAGAGGGCCAUCGUGGGACAUGUAGACCUCUACAAAGGCACUCUGGAUGGAAUUUUGAAGAUGUGGAAGCACGAGGGAUUUUUUGCACUCUAUAAAGGAUUUUGGCCAAACUGGCUUCGACUUGGCCCCUGGAAUAUCAUUUUUUUUAUUACAUAUGAGCAGCUCAAAAGGCUUCAAAUCUAAGGACUGAAUUCUAUGUGAACCCAGCCCUGCCAAUCUUUCUACUCCCCGCCCCUCUUUUUUUCCCCUGUGUUCCAAUGUAUUUUGAAAAUGUUUUAAGUGUUUGUUGAACCUGUGGUCCCUUAAGGGCUUCCCGAUUGACCAGUAGCGUGGUUCAAAACUGUUUAUGUGUUUAUGUUAUCAUGUUAACUUUUCCCUUUGAGGGGAGUGUUAACGGUGAGACUCUGGCCCCAGAUUGGUAUCUUCUGUGAAGAUGGACACUGAUGGAUACUUUUCAAGAUGGCCGUGUUCCAAAUGUGGGUUAAAUGUAGUCAGUAGCCCCAGAUGUGGGCUAGAGCAGAACGCAUAGGCCAGAGCAAUUACAGCUGUGAAUGUUACAGACCUCGGUUCUCAUUAAAGUAUUUAUUGGCAAAAUGAC